AUGGCCUCCGACAACAAAGCAGGGAGUUGCUGCUGCCGGUGCAAACCCUGGGUUUUCUUCAUUCUGUCUGCGGUUGCCGUUGUGAUAUCUAUUGUCUGUUUUGUCAUAGCCAUAGUUGCUAUGGUACCGUUUUAUAAUGCCUUUAUUGAUGGCAUUAACUAUGGACGGUUCAUCGAUAACACCUACCAGACCACUGACUGUGAAAACAUGGUUGCUGGUGAUGCUACCUGUGGUGGUAAGGCUUAUGAUGCCUGGCUUAUGAGCUCUGAUGAACUGUACAACACAUGUAUGAGUGAUCAGGAACCGUCAUCAAGUGCUGUCGCGCUCAGUUCGGCGUGGUGUGAUGCCAGCUCCGAUGACUGCUCUAAGGACAUGUGCCAGAAGGGUAUGCAGUAUGAUUACUAUGCAUACAACUUGACUAAUCCCGAGGAGGUUUUGAAGGGUGCCAAGCCUAUUGUGCAAGAGCUUACUCCUGUGCACACGGCCAUGAGCAUCACUAAGAACGAGUCCUCGGUUGAUACUGAUCUCUGGAAUAAGGAAGGUAUCGCCCAUUGGCAGGAGAAGGACGAGUAUGUCUUCUUCAAGGACGAUGAGACUGACCUUAUGAACCGGAAGGUUACUGUUGGUAACUUUGCACUUUUGAGUAAUCUCGAAGUUGCUGAUAUGUUUUUGAACCCUAUUGAGAUGAUCGAAACUGUUGGUGGUAUCAUGGCUUACCAUGUUAUGGCCAACAACUUCGUCGACGGGUAUGGUAACCUGAGUGCUACGACAAGGGCGGCUAUUGAGAAGGAAUACAAGACACCCGUCAGUGCUAUCAAGGGUCAGUAUUUCGAAGGUGGUCUUGCUAAGGCUCUUGGUGCUGCAAAUGAUGACUCUGGUGAAUUGUCAUUGGAACCCUUCGCUGAUUUGUUCGGGAAGAGGUCCGACAUGGUAUUGCCUACUAGUAUGGGCAGCGACUAUUUCGGCUUUGCCUUUGGUUGCCCUGCUAAGCAAGAUCGGUCAACUGGUAGUUGCCAUCUCGACUCUAACAAUGCGGAUGACAAAUCUUUGGCGGAGAAUAUUGACUCUACUUUUUCCGCUAGCGCCAAGAAAGCUCUGUGGAACCUUAUCUACGGUACCAAGAUCUCGGAUACUAAGUCUGUGCUUACUGCUCUAUUGCAACUGAAGAUGAUGGUCAAGCCGAAUGAGCUUAAGUCCUUCCUUACGCAAAUGCGAUACGCUGGUUCGUAUGCUCUCUACAAUUUGCCUUGGUUGAGGCACUCUCUCUUGCCUGUCACUGAUCCUUCUUCUGACAAGUACGAUUCGGAUUACGACUACUACCCAAAAUUCGUCAAGCUGACAGUUGGUGAGCUGUUGGGAUUCCAGGAUCAGUCUAAGGUUGACAAGGUCACUGGUAUGCCUUUAACUAUGGCACUUUCUGCUACUACUUACCCUGUUACCGAACAGUAUCGUGCCAGCUUCGUGGAGGACUGGAUGGGAUUGUAUUACUUCAAGAUGUCUAACGGCAUGGAGUACAACUGUGCAUUCGAUCCCGAUUGCACGGCUCAGGAUGAGUUCAAGGCAAAUGGUACAUGCACUCCUGAUGAUAAGUGUCAUCCCAACUAUGCAGCUGGUUUCGAUGUGAAAUACGUGCCGGGUACUCUGAAUGGUCACGGUACAAACGACUACCAUAAGGUUGGUGCUAUCGACAAGAUGUUUGUCAGUCCUGUGUUCUCAACGGCUGAGAUGAAGCUCACUAAGAAAGACCAAGAUUAUAAUGGGGCUACUAUUGAUGUGUGGGAUCUCGCGGACCUGGCUUUCAGAAAUGAGAACUGUGAUGGUUCAGAGGAUGAUAUUCUCCGAAACCGAAUCUAG